AUGACUUUUGCCUUGUCGUUAGUUCUCUCCCUGGUGGCAGGCUUGGUUGCGGCGCAAUGUCAAGAGCAAGUCAAAACAAGCCUCGACGCAGUCAGGGAAGAGUAUGACUAUGUUGUGGUCGGGGGUGGUACCAGCGGGCUUGUUGUCGCCAACAGGCUCAGCGAAAACCCAAACAAGACGGUGUUGGUCAUCGAGUACGGAGACUUUGCCAACACGGUCAACGUCACCGUCCCGUACUUCGUAAUCACCGACCAGUCAGCCCGCCUCUACAACGUCACCUCUGUCCCGCAAGCCCACCUCGGCAACCGCACUUCACGGCUGCGCAUCGGGGCCACUGUGGGCGGGAGCUCAACCGUCAAUGGCAUGGCCUGGGAUCGGGGUUCGGCGGCCGACUACGACGCAUGGGGAGCUCUCGGGAACCCGGGUUGGAGCUGGGAAACUCUGCUGAAGUACUUCCGCAAGUCCUCGACAUUUUCACCCCCUUCUCAGGAGUACGUUGAGGAGUACGGCUACGAAUGGAGCCCGGGGGCGUACGGGAACGGGCCUGUGCAGGUUGGUUUCCCCUCGUGGCAGUGGCCGGAAGCAGCCCUCCAGGCCCAAUCCUGGGUCGAGGAUGGCACAGUUCCCAAACUGACGGACGGCGCCGACGGGGACAACGUCGGCAUCGCCUGGCUGCCCACGAACUCGGGGGGCGAGAACGCAACUCGUUCGACUGCCGAGACCGCGUACUUUCACCCAGCUAGUGGCCGCCAGAACUUGCACCUGCUUGUGCGCCACUACGGAGCAGCUGUCAAGUUUGAAGGUAACGAGACGGCCGGGCUCGACAUCGGCAGCCGAGAUGGCUCAGAGACCAAGUUCAUCAAAUCCAAGAACGUCGUCCUGGCUGCAGGUGCUGUCAAUACUCCUCGGAUAUUGCAACUGAGCGGUAUCGGCUCAGAAAGACUUCUUCAGUCCCUCGACAUCGCGGUUGUAGUUGAUCUGCCCGGCGUCGGCGCAAACUUUCAAGACCACCCUGCCAUCUUCAUGGUUUACGACUUUACCAACGACACAGCCAUUAACCCGACUCUGAUGAGUAACGAAACCUUCUAUAACAGGUCAUGGGCGGAGUACCAGGCCAACAGGACCGGGCCGCACACUCACGCCUGGGGAAACAGGGUCGUUUUCACGUCCCUACAAGACCUCGACCCGGCUAACUAUCGGUCCAUUGCAGAAGCAGUCGGCGAGCAGGAACCGCUACACCACCUCCCUGGGGUCUACGCGGAGAACUCGGCCUUGGUCGAGGGCUUCCUCCGGCAGCGAGACGUCCUGAUGGAGCAGUUCCUCGACGCCAAGGCCGGCGUGAUGGAGUUCACGUUCGGCGGCGCGGAGAACAUCCCCGUGGCCCUGCAGAAGCCGCUAUCGAGGGGCACGGUCACCAUCAACAGCACCGACCCGGACCCGGCCGUCGCGCCGCUGGUCGACUUCAACACGAUCGCCAACCCUGUGGACGCGCUGCUCCUCACGCGAGCAGUGGCCAAGGCCCGCGCCUUCAUGUCGAGCCCGGCCGUCGAGCCACUCGGCGCGGUCGAGGUCAUGCCGGGCCCGGGCGUGACGAGCGACGCCGAGAUCAAGGCGGUCAUGAGGGACUCGUGGCUGGCUUCGAGCCUCGAUCACCCGGUCGGGACGGCGGCGAUGAUGCCCCGCGAGUGGGGAGGUGUCGUGGACAGCCGCUUGAGCGUCUACGGGGUCGAGGGCCUCUGGGUCGUGGAUGCAAGCAUCAUGCCUAUACUGCCGGCGGCGCAUACUCAGGCCACGGUCUACGCUGUGGCGGAGUACGCGGCCGAUCUCAUCAAAGGCUUCGAGUGA